AUGAAAAGAACCGAUAAAGAUCCACCUUCUUCUUCAACAAAGGUUGGAUCUACCUUUAUUUAUCCUGACAACAAUAACAAUAAUAAUAACUUUGACGAUGACAUUGCUAGUAGUAGUAAUAGGAGAAUAAGAGAGAUUGAUGAAGAUGAUGAAGACAAUAAUAAUAGAAUAUUAGAUCAGUUAUCAGAUAUUGAACAUAAUAAAGAUGAUGACGAUGACGAUUCUUCAGAUUAUGACUCUGACAAUGAUGAUGAUGAUCGUUUCAAUCAACAACAACAACAAGGUGAUGAAACAUCAGAGGAUGAGGAAAGCAGUUUCAUGAGAAACAGUGAAUCACUCAACAAGAGUUUACAACUCCUAAGAAGUUUAAAAAAACAACAAAAGAAGAAUAGAAAGACAAUCAAUCAUGCAGGAGGCAAUGAAGGUGCAUCUUCAUCAAGUAAUAAUAAUAAUAAUAAUAAUAAUAAUAAUAAUAAUAAUAAUAAUAAUAAUAAUAAUAAUAAUAAUAAUAAUAACAGUAGAUCAAUGGUAUCAUCACCUUUAAAUACAUCAGUAUCAACUACAUCGGCACUUAUGGCAAGAGAUAAAAACAAGACAAAGAUACUCUACACUCUAUGGUUUGUUGAUCCUGAAUGGAUCGAUGAAAUACUACCAAAUGAAGAAGAUGAAGAAGAAUCAAGAUUAUAUAAUCGACAUGGUUGGUUAUUUGAUGCAAGAAGAAAGAGAUAUACAAGAUUUUUAAUUAAAUCAUUUCAAACAUUAAUUAAAUUACCAUGGACUGUUGUACAAUUUAUAAGUACAAAAUCGACAAGACAAAGUAAAAUAUCACAAUUGCAUCUACAUCAUCUCAGACAACCAAAAGCAAGAUUACUUUCAAGUGAUGAUGGUUCAUUGCUGGCCAAUACCCAAAAUUCAACCAUUGUCAUUAGAAGUUCAAAUGAUAAUUUUAAUUCAAUUCAAAAGAAAUGGAAUGAUAUACAAUAUGAUAAAGAAGCACAAUGGCAAAGAUUAUGUUUUAGUCCUGAUAAUCAAAUUAUGGCAUUUUCAACAAGUGGAUGUACUAUCUAUAUCAUUUGUAUAGAGACAGAGACAACCAUACAUAUAUUAUCACCAAAUGUUUUGGGUAUUAAUCCUCGUGAUGGAAUUGUAGAUUUGGCUAUUAGAGUUGGUGUUUGUUCAUUAUUAAAUUCUCCUGUUAAAUGUUAUGAAUUAUUAGUAAUGGGAUAUGAUAUGAUAUUAAGAAGAUUUCAUAUACCUUUGGUAACUAAUUCAUCACAUGCUAAUAGUAAUUCAUUUACUAUACAUCCAAUUGUAAAUUCAUCGGAUGCCAAUUCAUCGGUUGGUUGUUUUCCACAAUUAUCACCUGUUGAUGUUAAAAACUUUCAUUAUUCAGUUGGGUGCAUUCACUAUUGUCACGAACGUGAUAUAUUGGCAGUUGGUGGAAACAGAAGAUCAAAGAGACCGAAUCGUAGAAGUGUCGUUAAACCAUUUGUAUCGUUUUGGAAGUUGAUGGACAAGGCACCUUAUUUUAAACUAUUAAAUCCACCUGGACAAUCGGCGGUUGAUUUGGACACCUCGAUCGACGGCACCAACAAACAACAACAACAACAACAGCAACAACAACAAAAGAAUAGCAAACAGAAAAACUUUUUCACAAAGUUGACUACAUCCAUCUUUGGUGAUUACUCGCAAUCUAUUAUUCACAAGAUUAGAUUCUCUCACGACGGAUCACAAUUGGUUGCAUUGGAUUUAAAUGGUAAUAUAUCUUUGUGGAAUACUCCAAGUACUUCACAGGCUGCAUCUUCCUCUCAUCAUCAUCAUCAUUCACCAAUCAAACCAAUUAAAGUAUGGACUACAAAUGAUUUAAUUCAUGUUUGGGAUAAAGUAUCUCCAAUUAAUUCUCCAAUUAAUAAUAAUCAAAAUAAUAAUGGACCAGCAAGUCGUAAUAAUAAUAAUAAUAGUCCUAUUCAAUCAUCCUUACAUCAUCAACAUCAUCAAUCUUUAUCUUUAUUACAACAACAAAAUGAAAUGUUUAAUAAGCAAGUGAUUGAUAUAUCAUGGUGGUCAAAUCACGAUAUUAUACUUGCAAAUGAAGGUGGAGAGUUUGUUAUCUUUUCAAUGGAGACUGGUGAGAAUUGCUUGUUACAUGAUCCAGAGACAGUUGCAUCGGUUCAACCACCAGUCUUGACGUCUGCUCACAAGGGUCGAUUCUUUAUCCUAGAGACGAGCGGUGACCUCUUUUUCAAGCCAUCCAUCUUGACACUUGCCAACGAACAGUUUAGAGAGCGCGUUGCACGACCCACCAUUGAAGCCUACAAAUAUGUGUACCGAUACUUUUACGGUGACCAUCCAACCGAUUAUGACGAAUUCAAUUUCCAAAUCGAUCGUGAUCAAUAUGGUAGAAAUAUUUUUGAUCGACGUAGAAAUAAUAAUAACAGUAACAAAGCAGUAUCACAUCCAAAAGCAUUAGAAGGUGAACAAGAUAAACAACAUAUUAUUCGAAAGAUUAUUAGAUUCCAAUCAACUACACCAGAGCAAUUGUUCAAGGCCAAAGUUGCACAAAAAGAGUAUAGCAACGCUAUUAUUAUAGCCGAACAUUAUGGAUUGGACAAGGAUUUAGUACACCAAAAGAGAUGGUCAAAGUCAAUUGUCUCUCAAGAAAGUAUUAAAUCAUUCUUGUCAAAGGUACAAGACCUCGAGUGGAUUCUUUGGGAGUGUCAUACUAGAAUCCCAUUAAAUUAUGAAGGUGCUAAACUAUUGUUAGAGUAUGGUAUCCAACGAUCGUCUCAAGAUCGUAACAACAUUAUUAUCGUACUUCAUCGUAAUAUUCUCAUCAACUAUUUGAAUCGUUUGGCAGUAUACAAAGAGAUCUAUGGUAAUCAUUAUGAUGCACUAGACUAUCUCAGAUUCCGUAGUUGUAAGUUAGAGUCGGUUGCCAUGGAGUAUGCAACCGUCGAACAUUUCAAAGCUAUCGAGGUGUUGUUUACAUACUACCCCAAGACUGUCCUUCCCGAGCGAUUAAACGUUCUCUCUAUGAUCCCAGAGACAACCGAUCCCACCUCUUACAGCAAGUUGCUCCCAGAUGCAACCAACUUUUGGGCAUCAAAGAAACCAUUUGAAUUGGAUCAAAGCCAAAAACCAGAAGCAUUUACUGGAAAGAUUGCAAACCUCUAUGAACAACGAUGGAACUCUACCUAUCUCAAGAGUGUCUUGCAGUCACUUGGUAGUGACUAUGAAGAUAUUAGAGGUCGUGAUAAAGUAAAUGAUAUCUAUUCAUUGGAUUAUGUUUUAAAUAGCAAUACUUCUACUCAAACUCAACAAUAUCCAAAUUAUUCAAUCAGUAGUGGUACAGUUUCACCAACUCAACAACAACAAUCAGUAACAUCACCACCAAUGAAUAGUGGUAGAAUAGAUAGUGGAAUGGUUACAAAAUGGUAUACUGAAAGAGCUGUUGAAAUUGACAAGAGAUCAGGUCAAGUAGAUAAUUCAUUGUCAUUGAUCAAUAUCGGUUUGGAGAAGGAGGUUAUGGGACUGUCUGACAUGCGUAGUCUGGCUGAACAGGUAAACAUCAUUGUCUAUGAAACCGGCCAAGAUGUAUCACUCAACGACUACAUUUUGUUGGGUACAAAGGAUCGUCUCUGCUUGCUGUUGGGUGAUAGUUCACCAAUGACAAUCUACCAAAACAUUGUCAAACGAUGUCAACCAUACUAUCGUGACACUCUCUACAAAGAUUCACUUGUCAAAGACUACUUUGUUGACUUGGCAAAGAAAAAGGGUACUUUAAAAAUAUGUAAAGCUUACAUUGAAGCUGCUACCUCUAGACUUAGGGGUAAUAAUGAUGAUGACACUGGAAGAGGAGAUAGAGAGCCAAGUUUAUCUACUAUUCUAUCGAUUGGUUUAUCGGCCAUCCACGCAUGCUCAUCCACAUCAAUCGAGUCGAUUGCCCAAAUGGACGCCAUUGUCAAUCUCAUUCCCGACCGUAGCUACAAUGACGACACGAGCACUCUCCACGCACUCUACGACCGUCUCGCACAGUACAAGUCGUAUGUCCAGUCAAACAUGAUUCUCUCAAAGUAUGAUAUGGCCAAGACCAUCGAACACCACAGCAACCACCGCGAUACAGAGGACUGCCAUCAACUACUCGCAGCCCUAUGCAAACUUGGUAAACUCCAACGAUUCAAAAACGCACAGUGGAAGACCAUGUUUGAUGACUUUAUCACCGUUAGACAACACAUGUUCCACAACAACGAUCAGGCUGCACUCUACAGUCUCUUUGUCAAGAAUAUCUUGGCCGAAGGAAAGUACACGCUUGCAAAAGAGUACUUUUCAAAAUGUGGAUCACCCGAACGUGUCGAGCAACUCGUUCUUGGAGCAGCUAGAGAACUGUUUAAUGCAUCACAAUCAUUUGGUCAAGUGGCCGAAGAAGCACAGCUAUGUCUAGAACUCAUCAAACCACCAACCAGAAAGAUCAUUAGAGAGUUGAAUCUUAUCAAAGCAAGUGAUAUUCUCUACUCAAAAUUCAACUAUACCAAGAUUCCAAUUCAAGUACGUUUGAUCCUGGAGAAAUCGUUGAUUCCUGCACAGACAUCGGUCGAUCAACUCGUCGCUGAUCCUCAACCAAUCCAAUCAAUCAUUGGCUCCACAUCGGCACCCAACACGACAUUCAACUAUAUGAAUUAUGGUCGAUUCGAGUUGAUUCAAUCAUUGCUAGAUACAAACCCAACAGCCUACAAAUCGAUUGAUGAUAUAUUAAGUAUUUCAAAUCUAUUAAAGGAUUGGAGAGGUGAAGAGGAAGACCAAGACAUUGGAGCACCAAAUGACAAGAUCAUUAUCCAAGUCAUGUUGAUUAAAAAGGCAUUGUCAAAUGAUGACUAUCCAAUUGCCAGAACGAUUUGUUCGUCGUUGAUUGAAAACGAGAAAUCAAUUCCACCAACCUACAAGGAAGUGUGGAAUAUGUUUGCAACGUUGGCAUUGAAUGCAAACUAUGGAGAUAUUGAUGAAAGAUUGGAUUUAUUGUCUUCAGCAAUGGUCUAUUGCGAUGAAUCAGAAUUGGCCAACUUAUUACAAGCCUAUCAAGAGAUGGAAAUUAGAAAAGAUUUAUUGAUAGAACAGGAUAGUAAGACAUUGGAAUCAUUAAAAUUAUCAAGAGAAUUAAAUGACUCUGGUGUUACUAUGAAUAUAUUGGAGAAAUAUAGACGUGAUGAAACCCAUCUCUAUCAACAAUUGGAUAAUAAUAGACAACAGGUUGUGAUGGAACCUCCAUUUAUUGAAUCACAACAACAAUAUUCUUUAGUAUCUCUGCUAAAAGAAAAAGAACAAAAUCAACCAAUUGAACAAGACCAACUUUUCAAAACUCAAUUAUUAUUACAUAUUCAACAAAUUAUGAAAUAUAUUCAACUUGAUAAUAAUAAUAAUAAUAAUAGUGAUAGUGAUAGUGAUAUUGGUAGUGAUCAAGAAAUUAUAGUUUAUCUUGUAAAGUUAUCAAUUAGUAAAGGUCAAUUUAAUUUGGUACUUUCAUAUCUAUUUGGAUUGGCAGAUACCAAUAUACCAGAUGAAAUAUUUAAUCAAUUGAUUAAAACUGCUCAAACCAAUGUAGAAUAUGAAAAGAGUUUGGAACGUGUAAUCAUUUUGGCAUGCUAUUUUUACUCUCUCCAACUAUUGUCUAGUGGUACUGCUGGUGCUGCUGCUGAACCAGACAAAAUUCUAUUCAAUCAAUCAAUUGACGGUGUUCUCAAAGAUGCCAAAAAGAUUAUUGAAGAACGUCCAAAUGAAUAUCCAGCAGAUCUCGUCAAAAAGGUUGGUAGCUAUCACAGCCUACUGAUCGAUUCGAUUCAAGCAAAGGAAUUUUCAGAUAUGAAAUCAGUGGUUGAUUUUGAAAGAUUCAGAGAGGAUGGUAACUAUAAGAGGGAGACCAUCAUUCAAUUUGCUCAAUCCAACGAUUUGAAAUCAUUCCAAACAUCGCUUUCAAUGGCUGAAAGAAAUGGAAUCUCGGUCAACGAGGUUAUCUAUGCCUAUGUCGAGUGGAAGAUAUUGCAUGACAAUAGCUCGAAUCUCUUUAUCGACUCUCAAAUGGCCAAGAAAAUGCUCUCACCCGAAGCCAUCCACAACCUCUACAAUGAAAUCACUGGAGUCUCUUACCAAAAACUACAAUGUUUUUAUGAUGUUUUACAAAAGCUCGAUUUAAUCAACACCUUAUCACCCAAUGAUACUCAUGGUCUAGGUGAAAACAUUCAAGCUAGAUUAAAGUUGUUGAGUCUACUCAUCAAAUCAGCAGCCAACAAACAAAUGUCACAUUUGGAUUUCAAAAAGAUGGUCGAUGAAAAGGACUAUGAUGUGUACAAUACAGAGUUGGGUCAAGUCUUGUCAGAGGAAAACAUUGCUUUCUGUUGCAAUAUUAUCAGUAUCCUCCAAACGAUUCGUCCCAUCGAUGACAAUAUCCAAAACCAUACCAUUAGUAGUAUGUACCACAACCUUGUCGACAAUAUCAUCGAAAGCAACAUCAAUCAACAAGGUUCAAGUAGUGAUGGUUGGGACGACGGAAGUGGUCACACCAUCAUGGAAACUUGCACCAAGUAUAGAAAGCAAUUGGAUGACCACGAUAUCCAAGAACUGUACGAAAGUGUCUCUAUUGGUCCUUACUCUAAACAUCUUACACUUGCCGAACGUAUUCAUGUCAUUGAUGAUUUGGUUCAUUGGAAGCAUGUAAAGAAUUCUAGCUCGCCGUCACUGUAUAAACAUUUCCUAGAGAUUCUCAAUCACCUUGAAAUCUUUUCAAAACUCCAACAACAACAAACCAUGGUUGAAAAGGGUCUUGUCGAAGAGUAUUACCAACAAUUUAUCAAACAGAGAGAGUCUGCCGAUUUCAAUUAUCAAGAAUUCUUGCAAUCACAGUGUGAUGCCAUUUUACCAACCAUGAUCCCAUCUGCUCGACCACAAGAUUUAUUGGAUACCUAUCGUUUGAUAAAGGGAGAUAAUCAAGAAGAUGACUCUCUUAUUGUUUCAAAUUAUUAUAAACAAUUCCUAUCAACUUUGCUUCAUCAGGAAAAGGAAAAAGAGUCGAUCAAAUCAGGAUUGGAAAGAUUUGUUGCAUUGUUUAAAAAGGAAAAGGAAUGGUCGAAAUUAAUCCCUACCAUUGCACAGGAUAUUUUAAGAAACUAUAUUUACAAAUCAAGUAAUCCAUCGCCAACUAGAAUACUCUUGCUCGAUUUUAUAUUGAACCAAACCAAUGGAAUCUUUUAUGCAAUGGAAUCUGAUCAAGACAAACAGUCCCAAGACCGUAUCUUGCACAAUCAAUUCAAAACCAAACAAAUCAUUGAAAAUACUUGGACCAAUGUCGAUUUGGCCAAUAUUGACAUUGAUUCACCAGAUGCAGCUGUUUUAUUAUUUGACAAAUUAAUCCAACAUUGUGAUACCAUUCACAAGGUUGUAUAUCUGUCUGAAUUGCUGACAAUGUGGAGUAGCAAUGUUGGAAAGAGUCAAGACAGCAAUAGUCUCCAACACGAACAUCAUGAUUGUUGGUUUAGAUUGUACAGUGAAUUUAUUAAUCAACUACAAGGAAAUCAAAAAGCUAUUGGUCAAUUACUCAGCCUUCGAAUUGAUCAAUCAAAUUUAUUCCCAAUCAAUAUAGAUGAAGAAAAUCAACUUGCCAAACAAUUAUCAGAAAAGGAUCAAAUCACUUCAUUCAAAUUUGGUUUACUUUCAAAUUAUUUAUCAAUUCAACAACAAUCUAUUCAAUCAAUCAUCUCUUUUAUUAAAUUAACUUUUGAAAAAGAAAAAGAAUCAACUAUUAAUCAACCUCUAGUAUAUUGUACACACAACAAGAAUAAUAAUAACGUAGAAUUGAAACAAUUUAUAGAUUCAAAUCAACAAUUGUUACAACUCAUUUUCCAACAAGGAUAUAUGUACAAGUUUGCCGAUACUAUUUUAUAUGAUCCAUUACAACAACUCGUCAAGAUUCACAACAACUUUGAUCAAGAAGAAGAUAUUCAAAACUCUGAUCAAUACUAUAGGGGUAGAAAUAUUCCACAAUCUAUCGAACACACCAUCUCUCAACUUGUCAUUCACCAACACUACUACCAAGCUGCUUCUCUUUGCGUUUGGUGGUUGGCUAUUAGUCCCAACCCAAAUACCUAUUGCUCCUUUGACAUUUCAAUCUCUCUUCUUUAUAAAUAUCUUCUCACAACCAUUCAAAAAUUACAACAACAUCUUCAAACCAAGGAAAACGAAAAAGAACUGGAAAUGAAUUAUUUAACUUGGAAUAUUAUUUUAACAAACUUUAUCAACGCAAAAGAAAUAUUUGAAAAAGAUACUGAUGACCAAGAAGAAGAAGAAGAAUAA